AUGUCUGCCGUGGCUCCCACUAUCCCCGGGGUUGACCCAGCAAAGGAAAUACAAAAACGUCGAGGUGGUAGUGUUGGGUCCGAUGACGACGACGCAAGUGGUGGAAAAUAUACAAGGAUGGAGGAGGACAAUAUUCAAGAUAAGGAGAGAUUUGCAAGCCGCGAAAAUCAUUGCGAGAUCGAACGGCGCAGAAGGAACAAGAUGACGGCUUACAUUACGGAACUGUCUGAUAUGGUUCCAACAUGCUCCGCUUUAGCGAGGAAACCCGACAAACUGACCAUACUGCGUAUGGCAGUAGCGCAUAUGAAGGCUUUGAGAGGUACAGGCAAUACCUCGACGGAUGGUACAUACAAACCAUCCUUUUUGACUGACCAAGAACUAAAACAUUUAAUUCUGGAAGCCGCUGAUGGUUUCCUUUUUGUUGUCAGUUGCGACACAGGUCGCAUUAUAUACGUUAGUGAUAGUAUAGCGCCCGUACUGAAUUAUUCUCAGGGUGAAUGGUAUUCCUCGUGUUUGUAUGACCAAGUGCACCCCGACGAUGUGGAGAAGGUGCGAGAGCAAUUAAGCACCCAAGAACCACAAAACACUGGCCGUAUAUUAGAUCUGAAAACUGGGACUGUAAAGAAAGAGGGCCAUCAGUCGUCCAUGCGGCAAGUCAUGGGUUCCCGUCGUGGUUUUAUCUGCCGCAUGCGCGUGGGCGGGACGGCCGAGAGCGCUCACCUCGGAAGACUGCGCGCGCGCAACUCUUUAGGCCCCUCGCACGACGGGCACAACUACGCCGUGGUGCAUUGCACUGGAUACAUUAAGAACUGGCCCCCCACAGAUCUGUUUCCAGGUAUGCAGAUGGAUCGACCAGUCGAAGAUGAACUGCACGCGUCUCAUUGUUGUUUGGUGGCUAUUGGUAGAUUACAGGUAACGUCAACACCCAAUGCGAGUGAAGGCAGUCUCUGUAGCGGCGGCGUAGAGUUCGUCUCUCGCCACUCUGUCGAUGGGCGUUUCACGUUUGCGGAUCAGCGAGCCGCACAAGUCAUCGGCUACGCGCCGGCUGACCUCCUGGGCAAGCUGUGCUACGAAUUCUACCAUCCGGAGGACCAGCAACACAUGCGAGACAACUUCGAUCAAGUUCUGAAACUGAAAGGACAAAUAAUCUCGCUGAUGUACCGGUUUCGGACCAAAAGCAGAGAGUGGGUAUGGUUGCGUACAUCUGCUUUCGCCUUUUUGAAUCCGUACAACGACGACGUCGAAUACAUCGUGUGCACCAACACGUUAGCGAAUCGUUCUUUGGGCAGCGCGACCGGUGAAAGCGUCUCGGAGGAAAGCUACGACUACCACUUGCGGCAGCGCGACGUGUACCAGGCACCUCCGCCGACGUUGCACCAGCACCAUCACGCCCCUGCGCCUGCGCCAUUACAUAGUGGGGCCGGUACUGUUGGAGGAGUAGGUGCGAGGUCACCGGCCGAGGCAGUUGCGGGCGCGACGGGUGCAGCCUACGCAGCGCACUAUGCACCCGAAUACUCGCCGCAUCGACCCGCUAACACUCCACCGCACACCACGUGGACCACACUCAGGCCGAGCGGUAGUGGUGGAGGUGGGGGCGCAGGCGAGGCCUACGCGUACGCGGCAGGUGCUGCGCCCGGUUCUGGAACGGAAGGAGCUGGCACUGGGGGAAGUCCUACACGUUCUCCCCCGGCGCCUCCCUAUCUGCCACCGGCACACUACCAUCACAACCACCAUCCACACCCUACACACGCAGGCAUGUGGGCAUGGCAGGGUGGGGCGGGUGCGGGCGGAGCCACCGGCGCAAGCGCAGCCGGUACGGAGGGCGGACAUGCUCCGCACGAAUUAUCGGAAAUGCUGCAGAUACUCGACCAGAGCGGGACGGCCACCUUCGAGGACCUCAACAUUAACAUGUUCAACUCUAACUUCGAAUAG